AUGAAGUUUGACGAAGCUCUUUGUUUGUUAGGAGGAUUCGGCCGAUACCAGGUAUUCCUAUUGAUAGUAGUCAAUAUAUUCGCUGCGGGUGGCGGUUGGCAAAUCACGCUUACGGUGUUUAUCGCUGGUAGAAUGGACCACUGGUGUAAAGUUCCCGAGUUGCAACAUCUCAAUGAAAGCAUGCAAAAGGCCAUUGCAAUUCCUCAGACAACUGGUCCUCUGGGUGAUACGAUAUACAAACAAUGCAGUAUGUUUAACUAUGACUAUAGCGAUAUAAACUUCACUAAUCCCCAAACCGUAGAGCUUUGGAUUCGUAAUAAUAAAACCGCGGUUGAAAUCGCUUGUAAUAAUGGAUGGGAGUUUGAUCGUAGCGUUCGUAAAUCUACGGUGGUAAGCCAGUUUGGACUUGUCUGUCAAAAUGAUUGGAUGUAUACGCUUCCAGCCACCUUGCAGAUGGUGGGAUUUUUAUUUGGAGCUUUUCUCUCUGGAUUAAUCUCAGACAGGUUUGGAAGAAAGCUAACUACUCUAGGAAUGAUGGUGUGUUCGUUCGGUGCCAUUCUCGGUGGAGCAUUCUCAGAUAAUUUCAUUCUGUUUUUAGCAAUGCGUUGGCUUGCUCUGUUGACAUUAAUUGGGGCAUAUACGAGUUUAUGGGUCCUAACGCUUGAGAUGAUGCAACCAGUGCACCGAACACACGCCACACUAUAUGCGUCUCUAUUGCGUAUACUCAGAUCGCUUUCAACGCUUGCAGCGUUCAAACUAAGAGGUCACAGAUGGCUUCAGGUUGUAUCUGCAUGUGUUCUAAUCCCUGGUCUUAUUGGCACUAUCUUUUUGUUUGAGUCCCCCCGUUGGUUGAUUGCCAAGGGGCGAUAUCGGGAAGCCGAAGAUAUAAGCAAGAGAAUUGCUAAAAUUAACAAAGUAACCCUUCCUGAUGGUUUUACUUUAAAGGAUGACGUCACAACCAAAACGAAUUGCCUGGAUGAAGGACCUGCUAAGAAUGAGUCGGUCAUCGACUUAUUUCGUUCCCCUAAAAUGAGGAAGAGAACAUUGGUGCUCUGGGCGCAGUGGUUUGCUGUUGUAUUUGGUUAUUACGCCAUGUCACUUAACAUCGGCACAUUGAUACCUGGGGACAUUUAUUUAAACAAUUUCAUAAUCAAUGGUGUUCCUGACCUCGUUUCUCCCAUACUAAUGUUGAUUGCAUUAUUCAAGAUGGGCAGAAAGUCUAUAUUGAUAACUUUCUUGAUCACGAAUGGAAUUUUAUCUUGGGUGCUGAUUGGAAUUUUACCAACUAAGAUCACGGCGUUGACCACAACGAUAGCCCUGUGCGGCGCCCUACUUAUUGGAAUCGUGUUUAAAGUGUUGUACUUAUACAGUGGAGAAAUAUUCCCUACCCCUGUGAGGAAUGUCGGCCUUGGUAGUGGCUCUAGUUUCGGAAGAAUAGGAGGCCUAAUUAGUCCUAAUAUUCCGUUAUUGGGGAACAUUUGGUACGGACUACCUUAUGUGAUUUUGGGACUUUUUCCGUUCUUUGCUGGUUGUCUAGCUUUUCUGCUUCCCGAGACGAAAGAUAAAUGCUUACCAGAGACGAUUUUAGAAGCAGAAAAUUUUGACAUCGCUAAGAAGGAUGAAUGCAAAGAAACUAGGGGAUCCGGAUUUACUUUGAAAAACGACACGCCAUGUGCCAUUGAUUCAAUGAAGCGUGGUUUCACAAGCAAUGGUUCUGCUGGUGACGGAAUCUUGAACGGAGGUUUUUCUAAACCAAGUGACCCCACCAUGCUGUAAAACUUUCUGUUUAAAAACAGUAAAAAUAUAAAAGCUUGACGACUGGCAAAAUAUAUGGCAUAUGCACUGAUUAUAUACUUAUGAUAUUGAUUUUUAAUAGAGGAAAGAAUCGUACAGAUUUGAUUUUGAUGAUCAAAAACU